UGCUCAAAAUACCCAAGUGAAGCCCUUUGCUCUCUAUGGAAGCGGUUUGCAUCAGUGCGGAGUUAAAGCUACAAUAUUGGUUCAUGUUACAGUGAAGACAAUGAAGAAGGUCACAGUGCUGCCACUGCUGCUGCUUCUGAACAUACAUCACGUUAUAUCAGCCAGCAAAGGCGUCACUGCGAGUCUUAAAGCCAAGUGGAGCAUGACUCCUUUCCUCCUGGAGACAAGUGAAUUUAUUGGAGAAGAUGGGGACGAGAAAUUCUGGCAGUUUGUCGACACUGUGAAAGAACUCACUGUUUACAAGCAUGGAGAGUCCGUCCGCUCGUAUUAUAAUCUGAUCAUUAAGAAGGCGGGCCAGUUCCUCACAGAUCUUCAAGUUAAUAUCCUCAGAUAUGCCCUGGCCCUUCGGUCCUACUCACCAGCUGUUCAUGCAUCUCAGCAGAUCGCUGAUGAUGAGCCUCCGCCCGAGGCUUGCCCUGCCUUUGUCUCCAUCCAUGGUCAACAUAGUUGCAGCACCAAGGACAUGAAGAAGCUCCUUAAGGCAGCUUCAGGCAGGCCAAAACCAUACUUAUACAAGCACGACCACAGAUAUCCAGGGCUCAACCAAACAGAUGUGCCAGUUGUGAUCCUCUAUGCUGAGAUUGGGACCAAGAAGUUCACAUCUUUUCAUAAGACGCUGUCAGAGAAGGCUGAAGCAGGCAAACUAAUAUAUGUCCUGCGGCAUUUUGUUGCGAAUCCAAAGCCUCGAAAGAUGCUUUUAUCUGGGUACGGUGUCGAGUUGGCCAUCAAAAGUACGGAGUACAAAGCUGUAGAUGACACCAAAGUAAAAGAUUCAAAGGCUGCUUUAAAUGCAGGGGAGGAAGAUAAUGAUGAAGUCCAAGGAUUUUUUUUUGGAACAUUAAAGAAGUCUCAUCCUGAGCUGCAGGAGCAGCUUAAUGAUCUUCACAAACAUCUCCUGGAUAGUACCAAUGACCUGGCCCCUCUCAAAGUGUGGGAAAUGCAAGAUCUAAGUUUCCAGGCAGCUGCCAGAAUUAUGUCUCUACCAAAGUUUGAUACUUUGAAAGUCAUGCGAGACCUCAGCCAGAACUUUCCAAGCAAAGCCAGAUCACUGACAAGAGUGGCUGUUAAGCAGGAAAUGAGAAAAGAAAUUGAGGAGAACCAAAAGUUUCUCAGUGAGACUUUUGGUGUUCACCCUGGAGACGGAGAGCUAUUUAUCAAUGGAGUACACAUUGAUCUGGACAUUCACAACCCUUUCAGCAUUUUGGACAUCCUCAGAGAAGAGGCCCGGGUCUUGGAGGGGCUUCAUAACUUGGGGGUUAAGGGAGAAGAUCGGGGCCAGCUGCUGAGGUUACCUGUGAACACCCUCGACGACAGCUACGUCUUAGACAUUAGGCAUCCAGCCAUAAUGUGGAUGAAUGACAUCGAAAAUGACCACAUGUACCAGAGCUGGCCCUCCAGUGUGCAGGAGCUCCUCAGGGCCACCUUUCCCGGUGUCAUCCGACAAAUCAGACGCAAUUUCUUCAACCUGGUGCUGUUUCUAGAUCCACUGCAGGAAGAAAGUGUUGAGCUGUUGAAGCUAGCAGAGCUUUUCUACAAGCACAAGAUCCCCUUGAGAAUUGGAUUUGUGUUUGUUGUCAACCCCAAAGAUGAGAUUGAUGGCUUCUCAGAUGCAGGAGUUGGAUUUUACAGACUGCUGAAUUACGUUGCAGACGAGUAUGAUAUAUCCCAGGCUGUGAUGUCUAUGGUCUCGCUGUACAACAAAGUAGAUGUUGGGGAGACGCUGUCUUCUGAUACAAUCACUGCUUACCUGAAGAGAAAGUACCCAAAAGCCAGUGCUGAAAGGAUUCUGGGAGUAGACUCUGAGUAUGAUUAUAAAAGAAAGGACGGUGCCCGUUUCUACAAAAAGAGCGGUUUGGAUACUCCUCCCCUGGCGUUAUUUAAUGGGGUCCCGUUAAACCCAGAUGAGAUGGAUCCAGAGGAGCUGGAGACCAUAAUCCUCCAGCGCAUUAUGGACACUACCACUGCCUUCCAGAGAGCCGUCUUUAUGGGUCAGCUAAGCGAAGGCUCAGACGUAGUGGACUAUUUAAUGGAACAGGCCAACGUGGUUCCGAGGAUGAACCCGCUCAUUUUGAGCACAGACCGAAAAUACAUCGACUUCACGCGCACCCCAGUUGUUGAUGACUGGGACGACACAACCAUGUUUACUUUCUUGGACUCCAGAGACAAAACGGCUGUGGUGGCGAAGAGACUGAAAUACUUCACAAAUAGUGACCCUGAUGGCUUGACAGCUGUGAGCAUGUGGAUAGUCGGAGAUUUUGAGAAGGUUUCAGGAAGGAAGCUGCUCCUCAAUGCCCUGAAACAUCUGAAAGGCAGUCCUGGCGUGCGCGUGGGGGUGAUAAAUAACCCCGGUGGAAAGCCGAGCGAGGACAACACGGUGCUGUACAGGGCUGUCUGGGCCUCUCUUCUCACCCAGAAGAAUAGUGCUUCUGCAGAGUUUGUGCAUAAACUAAUGAAAGAGGAGAGCACCAAACUUCUGCAGCAGGCCACUAAGAUGAAGGACCUACUGAUACAGGGCAUGGAUGUAGAUGCCUUUGAAAAAAAAUUCAACACCCUGGAGGUGGACUUUAUCCGCAGUCAGCAACUGUUCUGUCAAGAUGUACUAAAGCUGCGUCCUGGACAGCGGGCUGUGAUCAGUAACGGCAGGAUCCUCGGCCCGUUUGAAGAGCCGGAAGAAUUCACCGAGGAGGAUUUCCACUUGCUUGAGCGGAUAACUCUGAAUGGUUCAGCAGAGAAGGUCAAAGCCAAAGUAAAACAGAUGGGCCUGAAGCCAAAGCAGGCCAAUGACUUGGUCAUGAGAGUUGAUGCCCUCCUUAGUGGAGCUCCCAAAAGAGAAGUCAGGAGGGAGAUCCAGUUUGUGAAAGACACGCAUAGUGUCCUCCAGCUCUCACCGCGUGAAAACGAAGUGUUUUAUGAUGUCGUGGCCAUAGUCGACCCCCUCACUAGAGAGGCACAGAAGAUUUCCCAGCUUCUGAUUGUGCUUAGUCAAGUGGUCAACAUGAAACUGCAGGUGUUUAUGAAUUGCAGAGCCAAGUUGUCCGAGAUGCCCCUCAAGAGUUUUUACCGUUACGUCUUGGAAUCUGAUGUGACUUUUUUGGCCAACGAGACCGUGUCUCCAGGGCCGGUGGCCCGUUUCAUGGAGCUGCCAGAAUCUCCCCUCCUCACCCUGAACAUGAUCACGCCAGAGAGUUGGAUGGUGCAGGCCGUGCGUAGUCCCCACGACUUGGACAACAUCCACUUGCAGGAGGUGAAUGGGAUCGUGGCAGCAGAAUUUGAACUGGAGCACCUGUUGUUGGAAGGCCACUGCUUUGACCUAACAACUGGCCAGCCCCCUCGUGGACUGCAGUUCACCCUGGGCAUGAGUCAGGAGCCGCUCAUGUACGACACCAUCGUCAUGGCGAACUUGGGAUAUUUUCAACUGAAAGCCAACCCUGGUGCCUGGAUCCUGAGAUUACGGGAAGGGAGAUCAGAAGACAUCUAUCAAAUUUUGACGCACGAUGGAACUGAUUCCCCAGCAAAUGCGGGUGACGUCAUAGUUGUGCUGAACAGUUUCCAUAGUAAGAUCAUCAAAGUCAGAGUGCAGAAAAAGGUGGAAAAGAUCCAUGAAGAUCUUUUAAGUGAGACUAGUGAGAGCAAAGGCAUAUGGGAGUCCAUAGCAAGGAGAUUUUACUCCUCUCGUGGAUCAAGACUGCAAUAUUAUGCUGUAAGAUCUAGUCUUGCAAAAAAUCUGUGCUUCUGUAGCAUCACCGGUGGCGGCUCGAAGAAGGAUGAUGAAGAGAAGAAAAAAGAGCACGUUCUGAACGUAUUUUCUGUGGCCUCAGGUCAUCUGUACGAGCGUUUUCUGAGAAUAAUGAUGCUUUCUGUCCUCCGUCAUACAAAAACCCCCGUCAAGUUCUGGUUCCUCAAGAACUACCUGUCCCCGUCUUUCAAGGAGACGAUUUCACACAUGGCCGAGUCGUACGGCUUCCAGUACGAGCUGGUGCAGUACAAGUGGCCGCGGUGGCUUCACCAGCAGACGGAGAAGCAGCGGAUCAUCUGGGGGUACAAGAUCCUCUUCCUGGACGUCCUGUUCCCCCUGGCUGUGGACAAGAUUAUCUUUGUGGACGCUGACCAGAUAGUCCGGGCGGAUCUGAAAGAGCUGAGGGACUUAGACCUGGAGGGCGCUCCUUACGGCUACACGCCGUUUUGCGACAGCCGCAGAGAGAUGGAAGGCUAUCGCUUCUGGAAAACCGGCUAUUGGGCCUCACAUCUGGGACACAGGAAAUACCACAUCAGUGCUCUGUACGUUGUAGACUUAAAGAAGUUCCGGAAGAUCGCAGCCGGUGACAGAUUACGGGGCCAGUACCAAGCCCUGAGCCAAGACCCAAACAGUCUGUCUAACCUGGACCAGGACCUUCCCAACAACAUGAUCCACCAGGUGGCCAUCAAGUCUCUCCCUCAGGAGUGGCUGUGGUGCGAGACAUGGUGCGAUGAUGUGUCAAAAACCACAGCUAAGACUAUAGACCUGUGCAAUAAUCCCAAGACUAAGGAGCCCAAGCUGGCGGCCGCAGCGCGGAUCGUACCCGAGUGGGUCCAAUAUGACAGCGAGAUAAAAGAGCUGCUCAAACAAGUCCCUGAAGACACAACGCAAGAAACGGCAUCCUCUCCUUCAACACAUAAGAAAGCAGACAACUGGCGUGAUGAACUUUAGUGUCUGCCAGCACCAUGCUGACGAGGAAGGAGGAAGCACCUUCUGCAUGCCAGCCACCUGUGAAGCUCAGAGACGCACUUUUCCAUCUAAACAUAGCCACGGAGUGUUGCAUUCCCAGCCGGAGGAGGAGGAGGACGGGAUCAUUUCAGGUGCCAUAUGGGCUUCUGCAGUCAGUACAUCUUACAAAAUCAACUCGCGGUAUAAUUAACUGCCAGCCGUGACCUCAUGGUGAGCUAUGCAGUCAGAUUGCAUCAAGUGUGGUUAUUGGAGUGUGAAGUAAAGAGAGAAGUCCCUCAAAGCGCCACAGUGGAUGCUGGAGCAGAAAUAGUAUUGCACUGAAUCAGAGGAAUAUGAAACCUUUCGAAGGACUUAAUCUAUAUCUUUGUUUUUAUUGUAUUAAUUCCAGCGGUUAAAUCUUCGGUAUUUUGAACGGAACAUUAACAUGUCUGAGGUGCCAAACCAAAGUUACUUGGCUGUUUUUAACACAUUUCACAAAUGGCACAAAGUAGCAAAAAGUACAAAAAUCAUGUGCCAAACGCUGUCCACCCCCCGACGACUGACCUAACCCACCCCGGCAACUGUAACGAAGCACUCGUCGUUAUUGUUCUUAAAAAGUUGAAUUGGUUUAUUUAUCUUCAGGCCAUGUGGUUCUGACCAACUGUUGUACCAGCAGAUGUAUUGAUGAUGUCGUACCGGCCUCUGCUUCGGUCUUGACGAAGUACACGCCUCAACUUCAGUCAUUUCCUGUACACACGUCUUCAAACAUCAAACCUUAUUGGUUGUGCUUUUGCAAAAACCAAUAAGACGAGCACAACAAAUAUAAAGUCGUCAGCUAAGUCACAACUCCCAAACGUAGGUUUUUGUUAUUUCCAAAAGUGGAUAUCGUAUUUAAUACGUUCACUCAGCCAUGUUACUUUCAAAGAUGUCAAAUGCAAUAAUGUUUUUUUUUUUUUCCUAAAGUUACAAUUUCCAUGACUUGUACAUUUGUUUCGGAGACAUUGGCUUUACUGAGUAAAUUGUCCUGUUACAAUCGUGGUUGUUUUGAGGGUUUUGAGAUGUAAUUUAAGAGCAUGAAUGAGUUAAAAUCUUCAUCAUUUAUUGGCUUAUGAUCACGGCUGCAACGCCCUGACAGUCUGUGUGAAGCCACUGGAAAAGUAAACAGAUUUGGUAAGGUUGGUUUGACAGACUGAGCCGUCCUCGUGAGACCUUUGAGUCAGACUGAACUGGACUUCACAUCACUCAAAUAAUCCUCAUCUGUACACUUCAAGUCCUGGUUUAUCUGCAUGUGGAGAAUUUUAACUUAUUACAGUAUGUUUACAAAUACAUUUCACUGUUUUUUUUUUUUCUUUUCAUUAUUUUUCAUUACUUGAAUUCAAUGAAGAACCAGUUUUGUCUCAGGAAUGAGGAGUGUUGCUGCUCGACUGAAGCCAACCGUAGUGUUAAAGCCAGUUUUUACGUGAAAGGCUGCAGACCGCGGCUCUCAGGGCCACAAUCCUUUACCUAUGUCUAUCCAAUAGAAAUGUUUAUAUCAACAUUAAAAAAUAAAUGAAAAAUAAAUCUUUG